CGUGGCCGACUCCUGGAUGAGCUGCACGUGUCGCUCCCUCUGCACCUGCCACCUGCGCCUCAUGCGACAGAUCCAGAAAAAAAGUCACAAGAAGGCUUCUCAUUGCGACAGUUGCUAGUGCUCGAGAGCAGUGAUCAUGUCGGAGGGCGGCUUCUACGAUGAGGUGGAGAUUGAGGACAUGUCCUUUGAUAAGGAGAAGAAUCUCUAUCAUUUUCCGUGCCCAUGCGGCGAUCGCUUUGAGAUCACUGUCGAGCAAUUGAAGGAAGGAGACGACAUUGCUCGAUGUCCGAGUUGCUCGCUCAUCAUUCUCGUCAUCUACGACCAGGACGACUAUUUGUCGGACGAGGAGGAAGAGGGCGUCUUGAUACCGACAAACGAAAAGGUUGAGGCACUGACAGCAGUCGCUGCUUGAACGCUACUUGCAUCACACAGAGAUGCACAUCACGCUCACUGAAAAGCUUAAGACUGCUUGAAUAAGAACCUAAUGAUCUAUACGCCACGACAGGCGCCGCAAAACGAC